AUGCCCCCUCGACGGACGACACGAGUUUCGACGGAAUCCAAGCCAGUUUCCAAAGCCACAUCCAGGGGGAGAAAGGUGUCCAAUAAAUCGGAACCUGUUGUAGUCGAUUCCGACUCUUCUGACGGAGCUGAAGAGGCUGCACCUCCUAAACCCGCACCUCCGAAAGCACGACGAGGUCGACCGGCCAAAACUGUGGUGAAAGAGGAGCCUGUAGAAACCAACGGGGAGGAAGAGGAAGAGGAAGAAGUAGAGGUUGAGAAGGACCUCAAAGGCAAGGGGAAGGGGAAAGGAAAGGCGAGCGCAGUCGUGCCUGCAAAGCGGCGCUCUAACCGACAAACUGUGGGCGAACAUACCGACAAGGAGAACACUGCUGGCGAGACAACUCCGGUCGAGGAUGCUCCUAAGCGUAACGUACGGCGUACAUCGAGGCAACCGUCGAUCGCCAAAGCACCUCUAUCAAAACAAAUUGCGAGGAAAGCAUCUGGUGGGAGAAGGAAACGUAAUCAGGAGGAGGACGAGGAGGAAAAUGAGGAUGUCGAACGACCGAACAAACGUCAGACGAUCAAAGAAGAGCCAGAGCCCCAGUCCGAAGCUGAAGCCGGGCCAGAUGCCAGUAAAAUUGAGGAGGAUGCGGAGGAAGAAGGGACCCCUGUGUCAGAACAACCGCCACCUGAACCCGAUGAGGACUCGGACACCCCUGCUCCCAAAAACCGAGCGGCCUCUUCGAAAACAAAGAAAAACACCGUGGCUAAUGGCAAGGCUACCACAGCUCGUGUUCAAUCUCCGGGGCCUUCAAAAACUCCGCCUCGUUCGAAAUCCGAAGUCAAAACUCCGUCAAAGCCCAAGCCCCCGGCUCGUAGUGCAAUACCCGAAUCUGACAGUGAUGAUGAACGGGAUUUACUCGCAGAAGCGGCCGCCACACCUCUCAAGCGGAAGUUGGGCCCGCGAGAAUCUCUAUCCAUGAGUGCCUCUCAGAUCCAGCAGCUGAGUUCGCAAGCUGAACCAAAAGUUCUCGAAGUCCCAGCUGGCCCCAAGAAACGACUCGUCAUCCAUAAAAUAGCGCUUGUCAACUUUAAGAGUUAUGCUGGUAGACAGGAAAUCGGGCCUUUCCACAAGUCAUUUUCGGCGAUCGUUGGUCCCAACGGUUCCGGAAAGUCGAACACUAUUGAUGCGCUAUUGUUUGUGUUUGGCUACCGUGCCUCGAAAAUGCGUCAAGGCAAAUUAUCGGAGUUGAUUCACAAUUCGGCGGAUUACCCUGACCUCGAUAUGUGUUCGGUGGAGGUCUGGUUCAGGGAGAUUAUUGAUUUGCCUGGGGCAGAUGCAUAUGAAGUAGUUCCUAAUUCACGACUCAUCGUCUCACGCACUGCGUACAAGAACAACAAGUCAGACUAUACGAUCAACGCGAAGCCCAGUAACUACUCCGAGGUCACGACGUUGCUGAAGUCUCGAGGCAUCGACUUGGACCACAAACGAUUCCUUAUUCUCCAGGGCGAAGUUGAAUCAAUUGCACAAAUGAAACCCAAAGCACCCAACGAGCACGAAGAUGGUUUACUCGAGUACCUAGAAGAUAUCAUUGGUACCUCUAAGUACAAGGAACCUAUCGAAGAAGCCAUGGCUGAAGCCGAUCGCUUGGCUGAGGAACGAGGGGAAAAGAUGUCUCGUCUGAAGAUUGUGGAAAAGGAAAAGUCUAAACUUGAGGCACAAGAGGCAGAGGCGUUCUUGAGGGACCAAAACGACCUUGUCCGGGCGCAGAGCAAGCUAUGGCAAUUUAAUACCUACAAGUGCAAGCAGAAUAUCGAAGCCACGCAAGCACAUAUCGCUAAUUUGAAAGCUGAACUUGCCAAAGAAGUCGAGGCCAACGCUGGUUAUAUCCGCGAAACCGAGGAGCUCGAAACACAGUAUAAGGAACAGCGUGAGGCGUUCGAUGUCCUGGAGCGUGAGUUGGCCAAGAUCAACAAGUCACUCAGCGCCCAGUCGAAAGUCGAGGUUGGUCUUGAGGAAAAGCAGAAGCACAUCAAGACGAAGGAAAAGAAGCUUCAGAAGAGUAUUGCCGAGGAUGCGCAUCGCAAAAACGAAGCUGAAACUUGGAUAGUCAAUCACACCGAACAGCUGGAAAAGUCGACAAAAGAGCUUGCGAGGUUAGAGAAGGAACUUGUCGUUGAGGAGGAGCAACUCGAAAUCAUUGCUGAGAGCGUGAAGGGGAAAACGCAAAUCUACCACGACCAGAUCCAAGCCAAGCAAGCCGAACUUAUACCGUGGCAACGUAAGAUAGCCGGGAGGGAAGGAGAUUUGAAUGUCGCCACCCGCGAACGUGAAAUGCUGGAGUCCAAGGCCAAGAAUGGCGAGCAGGCUAUCGAAGAGGCGACAGGUGCAUUGCAGGAGCUGAAAGACGAGCACGAAGUCAAGACUACGGAGCUAAAGGCGGCCAAAUCAGAUCAGAACAAGUUGGCAAAAGAACUGCAAGAAGCUGAGAAGACGCUCCGUGAAAUGAAUUCCCGUGUAGACAAGUUGAAGAGCACGGCCGCGACCAACCGGAGCAAGCGGGACGAAGCUACAGCUUCCAAUGCUACAAACACUUCUCGAAAUGCUGUCCUAGACUCGCUGAUGAAGCUCAAGGAGUCUGGUAGGGUUCAAGGCUUCCAUGGGCGGCUGGGUAACUUGGGCACUAUCCCGGAUGAAUACGAUGUAGCAGUCACGACUGCGGCUGGUGGACUAAACAACAUGGUCGUGGAUACGGUGGAGCAAGCUCAGGCGUGCAUCGAGCACCUUCGCAAGUAUAACGUCGGCCGAGCCCAGUUUUACAUUCUAGAGAAGCUCAACGUCAAUUCUCGCAACAUGGAACGCAUACAAACUCCGAACAACACGCCUCGUCUGUUUGACUUGAUCACCAUGAAGGACAAAAAGUUUGCUCCCGCGUUCUACAUGGCCAUGCGCGACACUCUGGUUGCGCCCGAUCUGGAUAGCGGAGAACGUAUCGCAUUUUCGGGAAGCGGAAAACGCUGGCGCGUAGUCACCAUGAACGGACAAUUGAUCGACCUGAGCGGGACUAUGUCCGGUGGUGGCACCAAAGUUAGCCGCGGUGGCAUGUCUUCCAAGUUUGCGGCCGACUCUGUUUCUCCCGAUAUUAUCCGCCGAUAUGAAGCUGAGAGCGAGAAGGCAGAGCAGGAGUACAGUGAAGCUUUGGCUCAGAUGAGAACGUUCGAACGUGGGGUUGAGGACAUGAAGCGUCGGGCACCCUCUCUGAACACGGCAGUUUCGAAACUAGAGAUGGAUAUCCAAGGGUUGGAAGUUAGGAUCAAGGCCGCUGAAAAGAGACUUCUCAAUAUUCAGAAUGAUAACAAGCCCAAUGCUAAUGAUGUCAAGCGUAUUGCCGCGCUCGCGAAAGAAAUAUCUGCCAUCGAGGGUGAACUCAAUAAACUACGAGCCAAGGCAGCGUCUUAUGAGAAAGAUAUCGCCGAUCUUCAGGAACAGAUUCUUGAAGUUGGAGGUGUCAAACUUCGCUCCCAACGCUCCAAAGUCGACGAUAUCAAGGCCAUGCUCGAACUCGCUAAUGAUCAGCAGCUCAAGGCUGAAACCGGGAGAACCAAGUCGGAGAAGGAUCGCAAGAAAUAUACUGCUGCCAUAGAGUCUAAUCAAACUGCGCUUGAAGAGAUAGAGGAGGAGCUUACUUCUCUGAACGAGAACCUCCAAACAUGCAGGGCCGAUAUGCAGAAGCUUCAGCAAGCUGUAUCGCAAGCUGAGGGGGCGAAGGAUACCUACGAGGACAGUCUCAAGGAGCUCAAAGAGGAAUUGGACGAGAAGCUCAAACUGACUCUUAGUUUCCGGGCCAAAGAGCAAGACUUUAAGCAGGAAAUCGGCGAGGCUGAAGUUGAGUUGAAAUCACACAAGAGGAAGGCUCAAGAUUUCGUUCAGCUACACAAUAAGCUCGAGUUAAACGAUGAUAUUGACGAGGACGAGGAUGAGGAUGAAAAGGAACAGCCUCCGGCAGAAGAACAGGGCGAAACAGCCGAAGACGCCAUGGACGAAGAUGGAGAGAAGAGCGUGGAGCCCAAGGUUAAAGACGAUCCCGAUGGUGCCCCAUCCAAAAAGCCCAAGCGAGAAAAACAUGAUCCAAGCGAAUUGAGGAUUUACACGGAUGAAGAGCUAGCGAGCAUGAACCGUGAUCGUCUUGUGGCGGAUGUCACCAUUCUCGAAGAAAAGAUCGGUAACGCCAAACCAAAUCUUAAUGUCCUACCAGAGUAUCGCCGCCGUGAAGCCGAAUACUUGGCGAAAGCAAAGGAGUUUGAAGAUAUAACAAGGCAACGGGACGAACAAAAGGCCAAAUACGAAGAACUUCGCAAGCAACGCCUUGACGAGUUCAUGACCGGCUUCAACAUGAUUUCGUCCAAGCUCAAGGAAAUGUACCAGAUGAUUACACUUGGUGGAAAUGCCGAGCUGGAUCUGGUCGAUACAAUGGACCCCUUCUCAGAAGGCGUAAAUUUCAGCGUUAUGCCACCAAAAAAGAGUUGGAAAAAUAUCUCGAACUUGUCCGGUGGAGAAAAGACCUUGAGCUCCCUGGCACUGGUAUUCGCGCUACAUGUUUUCAAGCCCACCCCCCUAUACUUCAUGGAUGAAAUUGAUGCCGCGCUCGAUUUCCGCAAUGUGUCUAUCGUUGCCAACUACAUCAAGGACCGUACUAAAGAUGCGCAGUUCAUCAUUAUUUCUCUUCGAAACGACAUGUUCGAGCUUAGCCACCGUCUGGUCGGUAUCUACAAAACCAACAAUGCGACACGAAGUAUCUGUAUCGACAACAAACCACUUCUCUCUGCUGCAUCAUCCGCCACACAGAAUGGCUCAAUCAAGGCAUAA